AUGUCGACCGAUUUGACUGGAGAGCAAAUGCAGGCCAAAAUCACGGCUGCAAGAAGAGAAGCAGAAGGCCUGAAAGAUAGAAUCAAGCGCAAGAAAGAUGAUCUAGCCGACACCAGCUUGCGACAAGUCGCGCUCAACAAUACCGAAGCGCUUCCUCGGAUAGGCAUGAAGCCUCGAAGGAAUCUCAAGGGCCACCUUGCAAAGAUUUAUGCCAUGCAUUGGUCAACAGACAGGCGGCAUUUAGUCUCUGCUUCGCAAGAUGGAAAGCUCAUCAUCUGGGACGCCUAUACCACGAACAAAGUACACGCCAUUCCUCUCCGCUCCUCAUGGGUCAUGACUUGCGCAUAUGCCCCCAGCGGCAAUUAUGUGGCGUGUGGUGGUCUUGACAAUAUUUGCUCUAUCUACAACCUUUCUACAAGGGAAGGCCCAACGCGCGUUGCUCGUGAGCUGUCUGGCCACUCCGGAUAUCUGUCAUGCUGUCGGUUCGUCAAUGACCGCAAGAUCAUCACCUCUUCCGGUGAUAUGACUUGCAUGAUGUGGGAUAUUGAGACUGGUUCCAAAGUCACCGAAUUCGCCGAUCAUUUGGGCGAUGUCAUGAGCAUCAGCAUAAACCCCACGAACGCAAAUGUUUUUGUCUCGGGUGCAUGCGAUGCUUUUGCAAAAUUGUGGGAUGUUCGGACUGGAAAGGCUGUUCAAACAUUUGCUGGCCAUGAAUCUGACAUCAAUGCUAUCCAAUUCUUCCCAGACGGAAAUGCGUUCGGAACCGGUUCCGAUGAUGCCUCUUGCCGGCUUUUUGACAUUAGGGCAGAUCGUGAAUUAAUGUCUUAUCAGAAUGAACAGGUUCUUUGCGGCAUUACCUCGGUCGCCUUCUCAGUCUCCGGCCGAUUACUUUUCGCAGGCUAUGAUGACUAUGAAUGCAAAGUCUGGGAUACUCUACGUGGUGACAAAGUUGGCUCGCUGAAUGGUCAUGAAAAUCGUGUCAGCUGUCUGGGUGUUAGCAACGAUGGGAUCAGCUUAUGUACUGGUUCAUGGGAUUCUCUACUCAAAAUCUGGGCGUGGUAA